UACAACUUUUCAUCACUUAUUCAACUACUGCAUGUCUUUUCACAGAUUAAAUUCCAUCCGACCCAAAGAUCCAAAACACCUCUCAAGAUGGAUAAGUUUCGUAUGAUGUUCCAGUUCCUCCAAUCCAACCAGGAGUCUUUCAUGAAUGGGAUCUGUGGUAUCAUGGCACUAGCUAGUGCCCAGAUGUACUCUGCCUUUGAGUUCAGCUGCCCCUGUAUGCCAGAGUACAACUACAACUACGGGAUCGGACUGCUCAUCCUUCCGCCUAUAUGGUUCUUUUUGUUAGGCUUCGUAUUGAACAAUAACGUGUCGGUGCUGGCAGAGGAGUGGAAGAGACCCACAGGGAAGAGGAGGAAGGACCCGACCAUCCUUCGCUACAUGUUUUGUUCGAUCACACAGAGGUCCUUGAUAGCACCCGCAGUGUGGGUGUCUGUCACGCUCAUGGAUGGGAAGAGCUUCCUCUGUGCUUUCAGCAUCAACUUGGACAUUGACAGGUUUGGGAACUACAGUCUCGUGAAGGGGAUGUCAGAGACGGAGAAGAUAAGACUGCUCGCAAGGAUUCCGUGCAAAGACCUAUUUGAGAAUCAGGAGAUAAGAGUGGCAGCAUCCCGAUACAUCAAGUGCAUAUCACAGGCAUGCGGAUGGAUGUUUUUGCUCAUGAUGACCUUCACGGCCUUCCUGAUCCGAGCUAUUCGACCGUGCUUUACUCAAGCCGCCUUCCUAAAGACCAAAUACUGGUCUCACUACAUUGACAUCGAGCGCAAGAUGUUCGAUGAUACCUGCAAGGAGCACGCCAAGAGCUUCGCCAAGGUUUGCAUCCAACAGUACUUUGAGAACAUCAGCGGGGAGAUGCACAGCUACCACCGCCAUCACUCCAGCAGAGGCGGAAGCGAUGAUGAAGAUGACGAUAAGAAGAAAAGCGAUGAAGAAAAGCUCCUGGGCAUCAGGGCCCAGGAUGAUAUGAAUAAAGUUUUGUGGAACUGGCACACCUGUAAACCAGCUCUAGCACUGAGAAAGGACAACACAGAUGAAACGAAUGGUAAACUGAAUGGAAAGGCCAACGGAGCAGCAAAUGGAUUUUUAAACGGACACACCCAUGAGGAGAUGAAAAAGGAAUGGGCGGUGUACUAUAGUAAGGUCUGAAGAGCUCUAAGGGACAAAGAAAAGCUUGAAUUGGCUCUUCUUUAACUUUCAGACAAAUACACUGUUUCAUGCUUUCAUUUUGUUUCUAUAAGCAGGAACAACUUAAUGUUUAGUCUUUUGUGGAAUUAGUUAGAAGUAUGAUAUUGUGAUCUUUUUAAUAUGAUCUUACAUUAAUGUAUAAAAACAUAUAAACUAAUAUGAACUGAAUUUACUGCAAUAUAUCCUUUAAUUGAUGAUAUAAUACUUGAACUUAAUAAACACAAAAUGGAGAAAAAUGAGUUCUUUACAUAUUUCUGGUUCACAUACAGUUCAGUUUACUGAAAUGUCUAGGACCGGAUGUAGCCCAAAACCUGCUGUUAUAACUGUUGCCACAACUUUGUUUUAUCUACCAGUCAUGAAAUAGAGGUAUGACAGCUCUCCGAGGGCAAAAAACUGACAUCUGUCAACUCUGGGGUUACAGAAGUGGAGCCACAGCUCUUUGAAGGGUUUUCAUUGAUAACGGCACAACUGAAUGUUUGUCUUACCCUCAACUGCAAGACCGUCAUAAUUUUUUCCCGGGGCAAAAAACAUUAAAUGUAAACAUGGGUCAUAUGAGCAAAGAAGAAAGCUCCAUGAGCCCCCCUGUUUCAAAGUGAGUCGAUGUAAUUAUCAUAAGUGAUAAAAAGAAAAUGAAAAGUUGAAUCCAUAAAGAAUAGAAGAAAAAAAAAA